GUGACGUUUUCACAUUAGGUAAAAAUAGAGCAGAGAAGAAUGAUACAUGUUGAUGUUCAAUAACAAAUUCUACGGUCCAUUGACUUAAGCAUAAAGACCAAACAUGAUAGAUUACUUGACAAAUUAAUGCAAAUUUAGUUUGACAGUUUAAAUCGUAUGGCAAACAUAAAAAUUGACAUUUAAAGGAAAAAGAUUUCAUCUCUGUCUACUUUCAAUUUCUUACAACAGACAAUAACAUCCACUGAAAGGUCAAGCAUUUAUGGUAUCCUGUCAGAUUUUCAGGGUAAAACAAGAUGAAAUUUGCUGAACAUCUUGGUGCCCAUAUAACCCCAGAAUGGAGGAAGCAAUACAUACAAUAUGAGGCCUUAAAAGAUUUAAUUUACGAAGCAUCAGAGCAGUCUCCAUCUACAGAAGCUAUAGGUUCGUUAUUGUAUUCAGUUGCUGAUGCCAGUACUUUACAGAGAUACUAUGCAAGAUUUGAUGAAAGAUUCUUUCAGUUCUGUGACAAAGAAUUGUCUAAAAUCAACACUUUCUUUUAUGAAAAAAUAUCAGAAGCCAAUAGGAAAUUUGCCAGUUUACGAGCAGAGCUUGAUGCAUUUCUGGAACAUGCAAAUAAACCUCAUCAUGGUUUACGAAGACGGAAAUCAAAUGCUGUUUAUUCCUUGUUUAAGGAUAAAGAAAACAGAGAGACUGCACAGAUACACACUAGAAAACUCCAUGAUCUGAAACUAGCAUUCAGUGAAUUUUAUCUUAGUUUGAUCCUUCUACAGAACUAUCAGUCUCUGAAUUUUACAGGCUUCAGAAAGAUCUUAAAGAAACAUGAUAAGAUAAUGGUAACAACCAGAGGAGUAGAAUGGAGACAACAGAAUGUAGAAACAGCACCAUUUUAUACCAACAAGGAAGUAGAUCACCUGAUUAAAGAGACAGAGCAAAGUGUGACCUCUGACUUAGAAGGGGGAAAUAGAUCAAAAGCUAUGAAAAGACUGAGAGUCCCUCCAUUAGGAGAAAAGCAAAACCCAAUGACUAUGUGUAGAGUUGGUCUGUUUUUCGGAAUGUUUAUUGUUCUGGUCAUUGUUGUGGUAAUAACAGCAUUUUUUACCAGUCAUUCUGGGAAUUGGGAGCCAGCAUUGAGAAUGUUCCGUGGAAUGUUCCUGAUUAUCAUGAUGAUCUGUUUCCUAGGUAUAAAUACUUAUGGCUGGAGGUCAUCAGGGGUCAAUCAUGUACUGAUAUUUGAAAUUGAUCCCCGUCGCCAUUUAUCACCACAUCAGUUGUUAGAGUUAGCAGCAGCAUUAGCAGUUGUAUGGACAUUGUGUUUACUAGGCUAUUUAUUCAGUAACCAUCUAGGAUGGCCUCCCUUUAUCUUUCCAUUGAUAAUGGCAGGAUUCUUGUUUUUGUUUCUGAUUAAUCCUAUACGUAUAUUUCACCAUAGUUCUAGAUAUUGGUUACUCUCUGUUUUGUUUCGUAUUGUUACUUCACCAUUCCAUCAUGUUGGUUUUGCUGACUUCUGGCUGGCUGACCAGUUAAACAGUUUGGCCAUUGUCUUGUUAGAUUUUGAAUAUAUGGUAUGUUUCUAUGCCUUUGAAGUAGAAUGGCAUGGACCAAAUAGACCAGAAGUAUGUACAAUGUCAAAGUUUGGUAUCAGAUCCAUAGUUAGUACUUUACCUGCCUGGUUCAGAUUUGCUCAAUGUCUGAGACGUUACAGAGACACAAAGAUGGCGUUUCCCCAUCUUGUUAAUGCAGGAAAAUAUUCUACAACAUUCUUUGUUGUACUGUUUUCUGGCCUUUAUUCUUCAACUUUGGGUUCAUCAACUGAUUCAUACAAAUACUAUGGAGAGUGGCAGGGCAAAGAAUACAAACAGAACCAUGCUUUCUUUUACCUAUGGAUAAUAGCAGCAGUAAUAUCAUCUUGUUAUACGUUGACGUGGGAUCUGAAAAUGGAUUGGGGUAUACUAGAUAGAAAUGCUGGAGAAAAUAAAUUUCUUAGAGAAGAAAUAGUAUAUGCAUCUAAGGGUUAUUAUUAUUUUGCCAUAGUUGAAGAUUUUGUUUUAAGAUUUGUAUGGACACUGACUGUAUCAGUUGGAGAAAAUCCAUAUUUUGAACAUAAAGAAGUCUUAGUUACUCUUUUAGCCUCGUUAGAACUUUUCAGACGAUUUGUGUGGAAUUUUUUCCGACUUGAGAAUGAACAUUUGAACAAUUGUGGUCAGUUCCGAGCUGUAAGAGAUAUAUCUAUAGCACCCAUAGAUUCUAAUGACCAGAACCAGCUUGAGGAAAUGAUGGACGAUGAAGAAGGAGAUUAUCCAAGAACGAAUGAAAGAAGAAGGUUACUAGGGGCCAAAAUUUCUUAAUGGCUGCUUUGAGUACAGACUAAAUAUAUGUACCUGAUCUAACAAGAAAGAAAAAGGAUGGAUUGAUGAAGAUCAACAAACUAAGCUGAAGUCUCUACCAAUGAAAUUCAAGGGUGUCUGACAUGGUACGCCUCAGGGACAUUAUAUAGGAAUAGAUUUCAUUAAAAGUUAUCUCCCUUACUAAAGGAACAGUAACACUGCUACAUCUGUGUAGACAAUGUUUUUAAAGUAAAAACAAUUUUUUACUUGAUUUAGAACUUAAGCUUUAACCUAUAUAAUUUGUACUUAUUUUGUUACCAUGAUAUACUGUUAACCAACUAGUUUAAAGUAUUAACAACUUUUACUUGUUCCAAAACUUAAGCUUUAACCUAUAUAAUUUGUACUUAUUUUGUUAUCAUGAUAAACUGUAAACCAACUUAUUUUUAUACGCCCGGGACGGGACGUAUUAUGGUAUACCGUUGUCCGUCCGUCUGUCGUCCACACUUCAGACAAUAACUCAAAAACACUUUCACCAAUUUCCAUGAAACUUAAGUGAAUUGUUUAUAUCUAUUGACGAAAGCUCCCUUUCGUUUUUUUUUAAUUUCAGAUAUUAAGUUUGGGAUUUAUGGGGCUUUAUUCAUAAAAAAGGGGGGAUUUUUAACACUUCGGACAAUAACUCAAAAAGGCUUUCACCAAUGUCCAUGAAACUUUGGUGACUUGUUUAUAUCUAUUGACGUAAGCUCCCUUUUGGUUUUUUUUAAUUUCAGAUUAUAAGUUUUGGAUUAUGGGGCUUUAUUCAUUAAAAAGGGGGGAUUUUCAACACUUCGGACAAUAACUCAAAAAGGCUUUCACCAAUGUCAAUGAAACUUUAGUGAAUUGUUUAUAUCUAUUGACGUAAGCUCCCUUUUGUUUUUUUUUAAAUUUCAGAUUUUAAGUUUUGGAUUUAUGGGGCUUUAUUCAUAAAAAAGGGGGGAUUUUUAACACUUCGACUAUAACUCAAAAAGGCUUUCACCAAUGUCCAUGAAACUUUGGUGAAUUGUUUAUAUCUAUUGAUGUAAGCUCCCUUUUAAAUUUUAUAAAUAUCAGAUUUUAAGUUUUGGAUUUAUGGGGCUUUAUUCAUAAAAGAAAGGGGGAUUUUUAACACUUCGGACAAUAACUCAAAAAGGCUUUCACCAAUGUCCAUGAAACUUUGGUGAAUUAUUUAUAUCUAUUGAUGUAACAGAUAAUACUUAAUAAAAUCUGAUGAAAACAUAAAAUUUGUAAAAUCUUUAGUUCAAUUUAAAACAUUUAAAUUCUUGUAGACAACAAACUUAGUUAAAUUUGAGGUAGCCUUAAUAGUGCCAAUUUUUUUGUGCAUUU